AUGGCAGUGAACUUUGCGUACCACGCCAGCGGGUUUCGCCACAGUGAUGUGAUCAAAUUCAUUAAUGAUGAAGUCCACAUGAAUGGGGGCGGCCCAGCCUUUUAUGUGGCCUUCCGCUCGCGGCCGUGGAACGAGGUAGAGGACGGGCUUCGGGCCGUUGUGGCCGACCCGAACGUGCCGCGGUCCAUUAAGAGGGCCUGCACCUGGAGCGCGUUGGCUUUGAGUGUGCGAGCGGCCGUGAGGCAACGGGAGCAGCUGCUGUACCAGGUUCGGCGGCUGCAAGGGCAUGUGGAGGAGCGCCAGGCGGCCUCCUGGGCUCUGACCUCCCAGCUGGAGCAGCUGCGCCUGGAGCGUGAGGCAGCGGCAACGCAGCUUCACUUCACACAGGCCGCCCUGCAGCAGGCGCUGAAUGAGCGUGAUGGGUUAUGCGGAAGGCUGCGUGAAGUUGAGAGAUCCAUGCAGGUCUAUCCGAUGCCUCAGAAUUUUGUACCUGGUCCGGGAGCUGGCCAGUAUGCGCCUGUGGACUGUUGUUUAAAUGCAGAACAGAGAGAGGCAGUGGCCACAGAGGCACAGGGAAUGCCGCAUUCAGAAGCCCAGAUAGCAGCCCCAGCAGCUGUGUUUUACAUGCCUGAAGCCCAGAGUGGCUGGAUCCAGGGCAUGCAACCCCUUCUGCCAAUGCAGCCCCCACAUCCAGUCCCAUUCUGUGUGCCUUCACCAGUGGGACUGCCAAACUCAACACUUCUACCACCCCCAGUGGUAAUGGAAUCAGCAGCAGCAGUUGCACCACAGAUGCCUCCUUCAGGGACUUAUCCACCUGGUCUCUGGGCCACAGUGGGGUCCCAGGAAGAGAUGGCUCCUCUGUGGGACCAGAGGUGCUAUGGCCAGGAUGGAUAUCCUGAGAAUUUCCAGUGGGUAUAUCACCCAGGGGAUAACAGAAGCCACUACCAAAAGGAAAGUUCUGAGUGUCCCCAGGGAAUGACCUCCCAGGGGGACAGAAGCAGCCACAGCCUGAAGAAAGAUCCAGUGAUGCACCAGGGUGCAGCUCCCCAAGAGUUUAGCAAGAGCCACAGCCUGAAGAAAGAACCAGAGAUGCCCAAGGAGAUGGUCCCCCUGGGGGACAGCAGCAGCCAAAGCCUGAAGAAAGAUCCAGUGAUGCCCCAGAAGUUGGUUCCCCUGGGGGACAACAGCAGCCAUGGUCUGACAAAAGAUCCAGUGAUUUACCAGGAGAUGGUCCCCCUGGGGGACAGCAACAGCCACAGCCUAGAGAAAGAUCCAGUGAUGCCCACGGAGAUGGUCCCCCUAGGGGACAGCAACAGCCACAACCUGGAGAAAGAUCCAGUGAUGCCUACGGAGAUGGUCCCCCUAGGGGACAGCAACAAAGAUCCAGUGAUGCCUACGGAGAUGGUCCCCCUAGGGGACAGCAACAGCCACAACCUGGAGAAAGAUCCAGUGAUGCCUACGGAGAUGGUCCCCGUAGGGGACAGCAACAGUCACAGCCUGGAGAAAGAUCCAGUGAUGCCCACGGAGAUGGUCCCCCUAGGGGACAGCAACAGCCACAGCCUGGAGAAAGAUCCAGUGAUGCCCCAGAAGAUGGUUCCCCUGGGGGACAGCAGCAGCCAUGGUCUGACAAAAGAGCCAGUGAUUUACCAGGAAAUGGUCCCCCUAGGGGACAGCAACAGCGUGGAGAAAGAUCCAGUGAUGCCCACGGAGAUGGUCCUCCUAGGGGACAGCAACAGCCACAGCCUGGAGAAAGAUCCAGUGAGGCCCCAAAAGUUGGUUCCCCUGGGGAACAGCAGCAGCCAUGGUCUGACAAAAGAGCCAGUGAUUUACCAGGAUAUGGUCCCCCUGGGGGACAGCAACAGCCACAGCCUGGAGAAAGAUACAGUGAUACCCACGGAGAUGGUCCCCCUAGGGGACAGCAACAGCCACAGCCUGAAGAAAGAUCCAGUGAUUCCCCAGGGCACAGCCUCCCUGAGGUUUAGCAACAGCCAGAUAGAAGAUCAGGAGAGGCUCCAGGAAACCCUUCUGGAGGAUAGCAAGAGCCGUGAUGUGAAAAGUAGCCCAUGGAAACACCACCAGCCUCAGGGCCAGAAGGUCAAGCAACCAAAAAGGAAAAAGGCCUCAGAAUCCCAGCGACAGAAGCCUGCCUCAUGUGCCCGCCCAGUGAGGUGGGGCUGCCCAUGGUGUAAUGCCUUGAAUUUUCCACGGCGCAAGGCCUGCUAUAAAUGCAAGAGAGUCCGUAUGCCAGUCGAGAAUGGCAACAUUGACCCAGCGUAA